AUGGAGCCGUUCAGCUCUCGCAGCCUGGCGCUGCAGGCGGAGAAGAAGCUGCUGAGCGGGGCGGCGGGGCGGGCGGCGGCGCAGCUGCUGAUCGACGAGACCAGCGGCGAGGUGCUGGACGAACUGUACCGCGUGUCCAAGGCCUACACGCGCUCGCGGGCCGAGGCCCAGCGGGUCAUCAAGGACCUGGUGAAGGUGGCCAUCAAGGUGGGCGUCCUGCACCGCAACGGGCGGUUCAGCGGGGCGGAGCUGGAGCAGGCGGCCCACUUCCGCCGGAAGCUGCGCCAGGGGGCCAUGACGGCGCUGAGCUUCGGCCAGGUGGCCUUCACCUUCGAGGCGGCCGUGCUGGCCGGGCUGCUGGCCGAGUGCCGCGACGCCCUGCUGGACCUGGUCCAGCGUCACCUCACCCCCAAGUCCCUGGGCCGCAUCCGCCACGUCUUCGACCACUUCGCCGACCCGGGCCUGCUGGCCGCCCUCUACGGCCCCGACUACGACGCCCACCUGACCCGCAUCUGCGCCGGCCUCAGCAAGCUGCUGGAGGAGGGGCGCCUCUGAGGACCCCCCCCCCAACCCAGGCCCGGACCAGAGGGGUGCCGGGGGCCCGAACUGCUGGGGGAGGGACGGCUGCGGACCUCCCCCCCCUCCGCCCUUGGGCCCAGGGUGGUGGAGGAUGGAGGUGGCUUCGAGACCACCCCGCGGCCCCCUGCCCCGGAGUGCUGG